CUGAUCGACGAGAGCUACAACGCGAGCCCGGCGGCCGUUCGCGCGGCAAUCGCAACGCUUGCCGAGACAGCGCCGCUCGCGUCGGGCGGGCGGCGGCUCGCCGUGCUCGGCGACAUGCUGGAGCUCGGCGAGGCGGCAGAGCGCUGGCACGCCGAACUCGCCGGCGAUCUCGAAGCCGCCGGGAUCGAUCUCGUCUUCACCGUGGGCCCGCUGAUGGCCCACCUCCACCGCGCUCUCGACCCUGCCCGGCGCGGCGCCCACGCACCGCACUCGGAAGGUCUGACCGACAUUCUGCGCGCCGAACUCCGUUCGGGCGACGUGGUUCUGGUCAAGGGCUCGCUCGGCAGCCGCAUGGGCCGAUCGUGCGGCGUCUCGCCGCCGAUGCGACGGCCGCUCGACGGUCAUGACUGA